AUGGACCGAAUCGUUUCCCAAUUGUUGGCUGAGCUGGACGCGUUGCAUUUGUCCCCGCACAAGGUGUUCGUCAUGGCUGCUACCAAUCGAGCCGAUCUCCUUGAUCCGUCUUUACGAACGCCAGGGAGAUUCGACAAAGUGGUGAAUGUCCGAGUGGGAAACGAUGUCGAGUCAAGGCGGAGAAUUCUCGAGGCGCUCAGCAGGAAAACCCGCUUCUCAAAAGACGUUCGGCUACAGGAAAUCGCAGCUCUGUGCUCUUCAAAAAUGUCUGGCGCUGAUUUGUAUUCGGUGAUCUCAAAUGCAACGAUGAUUAUGUUAAGAGAAACGAUACAAAAAAUCGAGAUCGAAAAAGUCGAAGAGCGCGACGCGGAGGUGCUCGUCACAAAUCGGCACCUCAAAGAGGCCGUCGCUUACGUGAAUGAACAAAAAGAGGCUGUCACUGGGGCCGUAAGGGCUGCAGAUUUAAUCGAA